AUGGCUUUGCCGAAGCGGUUGAAUGUCGUAGCUGGCGAGUUGCCAUGGGGUGGGCCAAAGCUGGUUCCGGCCACAUCGCUGGAUGCACAAAUGAAUCCAGGCGUUUUUGCUUCCCAAUCGAUACUCCUUGAUCUUUUUGCGCUGCUUGAACGAAAGCUAAACAUUGUCAGCGAAGAGGAGCCAUUGGAAAAACUGAUCAACAAAAGUUUGCAACGAGGCGAAGAUCCGUUGUUUGAUAAUUUGUGUCGCACAUUGAAUGGAAUUAGCGAGCUAUGCCUCCCUGCGGUGCUCAAAUCUCUGCUGUCGUGGACGGAACGAAUGGAGAAAUUAGUGAACGACAAGAUCAACCCUGCAAGCGAAAGUCGAUUUCGACUCGGAAAGCGGCUACUUGCAGUGAAUUAUCUAUUUUGCCUGGUGCUCAUAGAAGUUCUGCCACAGCUUGAACUGCAUUUGAGAGAAAGCGAGCAACAAAUCGACUACAUUAUGCGACUCGCUUUCAAACAAGUGGCGUAUCGAGAUCCAUCGACUCUCGGGGUGAAUCACACAAAUUCACUAAUCGUCGCAGAAAUGUAUGCAGAAGUUAUUGGCGCCCUGUCAAACACCCAUUUCCAGACGAUCCACAAAACAUUUUUUGCCAUGCUAAACGAAUACAAAAAGGAAACAUCUCCAGCCAAUGCGCAAAAUAUUAUUGCCUUAUUGAUGGCGAUGAAAUUCGUAAAGAUUAAGACAAACCAAGUCCUUGAUUUUGAGAUGGGGAUUCGAUUUUUGGAUGAGCUGGGCACAUAUUUCCUUGAGGUAAAGGAUCGCGAAGUGAAGCAUGCUGCCGCCGGUCUACUCGUGGAAAUAUUACUACCUGUCGCAGCGCAAAUCAAACGAGAAACCAACAUCCCGGCCCUGAUCGCAUUUGUCCAAAAGCUAUAUGGGCCGACGAAUGAUCUGGUCAGCAAGAAGCAACAUAAAUUGGCUGCAUAUCCAUUGCUGACCUGUCUGCUCUGCGUAUCGCAGCGCCAGUUCUUCCUCUCAAAUUGGGUUUCAUUCCUAAACGCUUGUCUCGCCUCACUUCGAAAUAAGGAUUCACGAAUCUCGCGUGUCGCAUUGGAAUCUCUUUAUCGAUUGCUAUGGGUAUACAUAAUCCGAUACAACUGUGAUGGCAAUUCGGCAACAAGAACCCGUUUGGAAAGCAUCUGUGCCAGUCUCUUCCCAAAAGGAAACCGAAACAUCACCCCACGUGAAGCACCGCUCAACAUAUUUGUCAAAAUCAUCCAUUUCAUCGCACAGCAAAAAUUGGACUUUGCAUUCAAGGAAGUUAUUUUCGAUUUGCUGGGUUGUUCCCGAUCUAACCGAUCACUUUGCCCGGAAAGGAUGAAUAUCGGCAUCCGAGCCGUUAUGGUAAUUGCCGAUGGGCUACAGCAAAAUGAUGAGCCACCCGCUAUGCCAAAGAGCAUUGGCCCUCUGGUAUCUGGAACUAUGAUGAGGAUCAAGAAAAAGACAUACAUAACCCGGCCGCUGACUGUGGAUAUUGCGCGGACAAUUGGUUUGGAACAAUAUUACAAUCCAUGUCGGAAGGCUUUUGACAAUAUCCUGAGAAUCUUGGAUGCACAAGUCGGGAAGCCGUUGAUGCUGACCGCAAUUCAAGGGCGCGGAAAGGAGCCUGAGGAGCUACUGGCCGGAGAUGUAAAGCCGAAACUCGACCUUUUCCGUACUUGCGUGGCGGCAAUGCCGAGAUUACUACCAGAUCCGAUGUCCCACGUUGAAUUAAUCGACAUUUUGACGCGAAUUACGGUGCAUGUUGAUGACGAAUUGAGAACGAUGGCCGGGCAGACGCUACAGAAUAUGGUGACGGAAUUUCCGGAUUGGAGGGAGAAUAUAAUCUUGGCUACGUUGAAUCUGCUCAUCAAUCAGCUUACGGAUACUUAUCCAUCCAUCCUGGACCUAUCACUUCGGAUGCUCUUGCAAUUAGUGACGGCAUGGCGAGUUGCUGCCUCAAACGAGCGGAGAGUUUUGGAGGAUAGCGGGAAGGAGAUCCCGGUCUCAACACCUCAACCCACUCAUCUUGGUAUGAUGGCCACAACUCCACAAAGUUCGGCACAUCCAUCUCUACAUUCCACAUCUCCGUCCAAUGCCUCUACACAAACAGCCACUACCUUACAUUCGGUGACCCCAUCUACCGGGUCUUCACCAAAGGGUCCAGCCACCGGCUCGAACAAUUCGAUUGCCCUUCAUGCCGUUGAAGGUUUCGCGCUGGUGAUGCUUUGCCAAAUUCGGCAACAACCGAGAAAAAUAUCCCUCUCCCUUUUGCGAGAAGUCAAAUCGAUACUGUUCCUGAUCAACCCGGAGCAACAUGAUGCCCCAAUGCUUACGGUACUUGAUGAAGCCACCCCAUACGUCAUUCAAAAAUAUAUCCAGCACGUGCCAAGUCAUGAGAAGCAAAAUUGGAACCUGGACUUUGGAGGAGCCUGCGAAAAAUUGCUUGGAGUGGAGACGGAUAACUGCUUGGUCAAUUGCGAUAAGGGUAAUGAAUACAUCCAAUGGGACCCCUGGGCCUGUGCACUUGCCGGAUUCGCCGAGCAUCGUUUCCUACUCUCACGAUGCCCGACGGCCGUGCUGUCGGCUUGGCCGGCGUUGUUCAUCCGGCUGAACGCAGUUAAUGGUUUUGUAGAUCCAAACAAUCCCCAAAAUGAAUCUCGAGCCUCGUUGCUACGCUCAUCAAAAAGCAAGGGAACAUUGUCUGUUUGUGGUGAACAGCUCAGCCAAGACGGUUGCCUAUCACUGUGGCAAAAGUAUGUGGUGCUGGUUAUGGCUUUAUGCCCGCCCUUGCCCACUCAUCAUACCUUGGUUUCCCGCAGCUUCUCCCCGACAAGCAGUGUCGACACUGACAUCUUCCGCGGCGUCUCCUCGACCUUUAGGGCUCGAUUCAUCCCGGCUUCACUGAACACACAGCAACUAUUUCAGAAAGCAUUGGCAAUGAUUCGGUGGGAGAAUAUGACGGACAUUCGAGACAGCGUUGCGCUUGGGGUCGGUUCCCUAAACCCGGCAGCUUUCGAUUCAUUCCUCGAUGAGCUCGGGCAGCGUGGAGUUCUUCGUGAAGCCCAGGAAAAGAAGUGGGAAUCAAACGUACGCCGGAGAAAGCGGAAGGACCUGCUGCGGCUGCAAUUGUUGCGCAUCAUCGAAGUAGCCGUGUUCCGUGGUUACCUUGAAUCGAACAUCCAUGCCGAUGGUGGGCCGGUGUUGAAUCAGACAAUCCUCGACUUCAUCGACUCGAUGCGGGUCAAUCUUGAAUCAGAUCAAGACCGAGAUGCGGUCAUUGUUACCAGUAUGCGUCUCCACUUUGCCAAGCUCAUCACCCUAAUUAUUGAUUCGGUCCCACACGAGCUCCGAGGAGGGCUAUUCCCGGAGGAGAAACGGCUAAACCUGUUCCAUUUGUUCUACAGCUGGUCGAAUCGGGGUGUUUCGAUCGACAGGAGGACUCGAGAAGUUGAGGUCGGUCCGUUUGUCGAACAAAAGGCAAUAGUUGCUAUGUGUCGGGUGCUUUGUUGCGGUCCUAUUUUUGAGCCGCAAAAAUCACUGUGUGCCGAUGGAUACCUGUAUGGACCUCUGGAAAAAUUCGUGGCCAGCUCGAAUUUGACAAUGCAUGGUGAGGUGGAAGAAUUAUUGUCAUGGAUGGUACAACUUAACGAAAGCAACGAUCUUUUGGAAUGGAUUGUUUAUCAAUGCUAUGCACAACCUCAGGCGGUAUCCUCUCGCUGCGUCAAGGCGCUUGUUCGAGCAUUUUCGCGUCGCGAGCUGCCUUGUGAAUUCGUGUCUCUGUUCGUACUCUGUCAAGCUACAGCUGCGGAUCGCCAGGUUGCUGACUCGGUUCUACUGAUGUUGGAGAUCUUGAAGAAACAGUUUUUGGACACCUCGUCUGCAAUGGCCUCUCCACUCCUUGUGACGACAUCACCCUCGAACGCGAAUAUUCCGUUAAGAAGAAGUGGAGGCGGGAAUCUUGUAAUGCCUUCCCCAAUUCCAUGCCAUCCUCUUCCGGUCCAACAACUGACCGUCUGCAAGCAAUUAGCCAAGGGUUAUCCCCAUCUGACUCUAAUCGUUUUCUCAGAAGUCUGUGCUCGACUCGAAGCGGCCAAACCUGAGCAUCGCUCGUCACUCCUUUCCGCAUUACUCCCAUGGAUGGACAACUUGGAGCUCGUCGAUCCGGCUGCUGGCGAAGAUCUUUGCGAAGGCCCACGUGGUUGCGGAUCUGAAGAAGCAACACAGCUUCUCUUGAACAACCUUAUCUACCUCACCUUUAACUACCCCGAACAGAAGAAAGAAAUCUGCGAGCUAUGGAAAGCACUUUCCCUUGCUUUCCCCGCUAAUAUCCCGGUGGUGCUUCAUUUCUUGUACACCAUGAUCAACUUGGGGCCGGAAAAACUGUUGAUUCAUGCGAAACGGGUUGUUGUGAUGAUUGCGGGAGUGGCAGGCACGAGAAUAGCCUCAUUACUUCUGGAUCAACUCCAGAGGGUUGCUUAUGAGGGGAAUCGGAUCAUUUUAGAAAGGGCCGAGCUGCCCCCAUUUUAUAAAUGGAGAGAAGAGGUAGAUCCUCGCCGAAAGGAGUCUAUGGAAGAUCAGGCUGGGCUUGAUCUAAAGAAAAGUGAUAUGGAGCGAGAAGAAGAGACCGCAACGGAAGGGAUCAGGGAGUUGCCUAUGCCCGCAUAUGGAGGUCAUUAUUGUCCGCUCAAUCGUUAUCUGCCUCUCGUCACGCAAGCCGUUCAAUACUAUUCAAAGAGCCAAGUUGCAUUGCUGCUUCUUUGUGACGUCAUCCGAUCAUCAUGUGAUGUGGAUUGGGCUGAAGCAACCCCACGCCUCCUACAUGCCUCGGUUUUACAUCUCGACUCCCUCCGACCACUACUCUGUUCACAUGCUCGACAGACGAUCAUCAACCUCUGCCUCCUCAAAGCAGCCCCCACUGAAAUCUUCCAGAUAUCACAAGUGCUUCUUGAGAAUAAGAUCGCUGCCGAGUAUUCGGCACCCUCUUAUACCUUGGAACCCUUCAACAUGGAUCAAUUCACCGCUCCGAAUCUCCGCUCACCACGAUCCUGGCGCCAAGGAGCUGAAUCUCCUUCGUUUAAAAAGGCUACCCAUGAAGAGCACAGAAAAAUGCUACUCGAUAACAACGCCGUCUUCUCCUCACGGUCCGACCUCAUUUUGGCUAUUGUGUUCUGUCUGUCUGAAGACAUGGAUUCGCCGCUAUGGGCUAACGAGGAUGCAUCCCCUCGAAGCUGGAGAGUACCUUCAGCAACACAACUAACGUCCCUGGUCCGCCAUAUUACAACUCUGAUGCUCCCCACGAUGCAAACGCUUCGAGGUGUCUGGACGCAGAUCGCCAUCCGCAUGGCUCUCUCUUUCCCCAAUCGUCAUAUUGCUGGGCGGUGCUUCCAGAUUGUAUCGGCGCUCAGUCUCCAACCGGAUGCCUGGAUCCCUUCCUUAUUAUCUCGGCUCAUCGAAACUGCUGGCGACACGAGCGAGGAUAUCCAGGCGUACAUCACGGAUUUGAUGCUGUGUCUCAACUCAAAUGUCCCAUAUCUUUCGUCUCAACCCGAACCGGGGCCAAUCGUUGUCGGGGCGACGUCCGUAUCCCCAACACACGCCAGAUCCACCUCAUAUACACCGGCACUUAUGCGACAAGGCGCCGGCUUCAAGCAAAAUUUCCAUGAGCGUAAAGAUGCGCGUCUAUCACUUCUCGUGGCCGAGGAAGAACCUUGGGUUUGGACUCCCAUCGUCAGGAGCAAGAGUGCCGAGCAACUGAAGACGGAUAGCGAGGAGGAUGAAGCGACAACUCGAGUCCAAAUCCUCUCAAUUGCUGUUGCCCUGUUGGAAAGUGGAAUUGACAACGAGUUUUUGCUGGCUCUACAUUUGUUGGACAAGGUCUUGAAUACGACUGAUCUUCAACGUCAGAAAACGUUAGAAAAAUUGGAGAAAACGGUCAAGCAGCUCGACUGGAAGAACUUUAGUGGAAUUGUUGGCUUGGUGUCGAAGGGAUUUGUAAUGGCUGGUGCUUACGAACAAACAGUCGAGGUUCUCCUAAAUAUGGUUGAUCUGGUAGAGCACGGAGUAAUGGGCGGUCGCUCUGCCCUAUGCCUUAUAAUUUGCGGUACACUACCUCAUCUUCUUUGCCAUUUCGAUGUCCCCAACGCACUAUGUAUGAAGGCUGCUGAAAUCAUGAAGAAGUUUUGCGAAACGAUCGCUGCAAAGACGGAGGAGAAUGCCGCUGGAGAUUCACCUUUGGAACAUUUGGCGAUGAUGUUCGCCGCAUAUGCUCAGCGCAGCUUUUCGAAGGAUCGUUUCCAGUGGGCAAAGUGCGUUGUGCAAUAUAUGUGCGAUGGGCUGUCUCCAAAUUCCACCCAUUUGGUGAUGCUCUUAGCUGAGAUGCUGGAUCGGGGCUUUGUCAGCCAACACCUGUAUGCGCUUCACAUGUUGUAUCUGCUGGUGAUGCAUCGGGAAUGCACACCAACUUCAGUGGCGAUAAAUGCCCAGGUACUUCGUGCGGUUUCUCGUCAUGUUGGUGGCCCUAACUGGCGUGAAGCAGCUCGAGUAUUCAGGGCCAUUGUUGAACAAGCACAGAAAAGAGAUGCCGAUAAGGACACCGCCUCCUUGACGUCAUUCUCGUUGGAUCCGGAAUUGAUCACCACCAAUGCUGGUCAAAAUGCUGAAAGUCCGUCAACCCCAAGGAAAAAUACCGAAGCAAACAUUUCGAAACGACAACCACCACAGGUGCGAGUUCGCGAGCGUCUUGUCGGAUUAUUGACCGCCUAUUUCCAUACCGGACUUCCAGUUAGCAUUCCGAAUGCCCCAUCGGUCUUGUUUUCGAACUCGGAGCUUGGCAGUCCCGCUAGCUCUACUGAACACAUUUGUUCAAGCCGUGAUAUUGACAGCACAGCUUCUCUUCCUCCUGAUGCAUCAGUUACUGACUCGUUCCCUCGUGUCUUCAAGGAAUUCGAUUUCCUAGAAGCUGAACAUGAUUCGGUGUCGGAGACGGCGGAGAGUUGCUUUGGAUGGCUGAGCACGAUGCGACCGACUAGCAUCGCCGAUAGGGAACGUUCCUCUUCUUCUGUUGUAUCUGAUGAUGCAGAUGAUGAUGGAGAUGAGGAAAGCGAAGAAAGUGGGGAUGGGUCGAGAAAGGGAAUUCUCAGUCCUGAUACCGAAACCGCAUCAAUUCCGCGCGAAGCCGAUAGUCCUACUGUCAAUUCACGUCACUCGACGGUUGAGGGCAGCGACGAAAGGACUCCGUGUCCAAGCGAGGCCGAUGAUGAGGAAACCAAAGAAGAGAUAACUUUUGAGAAGGAAGAGAAGGAUAGCCAGAUUGCGAAAUGGACCCAGGAAAUCGAGAGGCCAACUCAAUGGAGGCGCGACACGGAGAGGAGUGAAGUCGAUAGCGAAUACAGCCAGGUCGGAACGAGGACUGCUGAUGAUGGGAGGAGUCUAGCGGAUCGUAGCUUUACGGAUGGUCGUGGGGGAGAGACAUUGAGCAUUGCCGGCUCUUCACUUUUCUGCCGCUCCGCCUCCUCAAUCGAUACGAGCACGAGAUUGCCUCAGCUUUUAGUGCUGUGUCCGCAUCAUACAAAUAGUCUCCAGCACGCUGAAACGAUUUGGAUGAGGACUAUCGCCGAGAUGGCGUCUGAUGAUUCAGAUGGAGAAGUGGUCGCUCAGUCGGUUUUGGCGGCUACUCAAUUGUUUAAAUCCUGCUGUUGGCGCAUCUGCUCGCUGCUACGCGACGCUUUGGCCAGUCUAUCCAGCACUCGUUCUUUCACACGACCAUUUGUCGCCGCACAAGAUGUUCUAGCCAAAGUGGCUGAUUGCCCUUUCAUCUUUGUCACCGAUUCAUUUUUGGUGCGUGGGAAUUGCCUUCAGCGCCUCAAAUUUUCAUUGGCGGAAAUGCGAGAACAUCUGGAAACUUUUAACGAGAGACGAGAACAGGCUAUGCGAGCCUUGGCUUCACUCAAAUCGGCUCAAAAGCUGAAUGCCUUGGGAAUUUCUGCGUCCCACCAAUCUUCCACUCUACCGCAGAGGCAUAUGGAGCAAGAAGUCUGCAAGCUAUUGCACAAGAUCUUCUUCCAAUUAAUGUUAAUCAACGACUCGCUUUCUGACAUGGCCCGCAUUAUCCAGGAAAGCCCAUCGGCACAAGAAUUCUCACUCUCACCGGCUGUUCUGAAUCUUCAGAGGGAAUUGUUGCAUUGCGCUGCGGAUCUGCCGGUUGAAACCGGGAGAGUAUCCCGGGAAUCAUUUGCGGACUCGUUAUUGUUGUUGAUCGCCAAUAAGCAAUACGCACUGGCUCUUGGGGCCCUGCGUCAGUUACGAAAUACAACCCCUAGCCAAGAAUGGGGGUGUUGCGAGGUGGUUGAUGUGGAUGUGCUGCUCCUUCUUUUCUGUCAAUCUCAUACGAUGAGAGCUUGGGCAGUGGUUGGCGCAGAAGAGAGUGCAUUUGGGCUACAGGGCCAACUCCUCCGCGAGGCCAACGCCGAUCUUUCAUCGGCUGUCCGUCGUCUGACUUCUGAGGGUUCUCUAGUAGGAAUGGCCCUAAAAGACGAC